AUGGACACUGGGAGAUGGAUGGAUGGACACUGGGAGAUGGAUGGAUGGACACUGGGAGAUGGGUGGAUGGACACUGGGAGAUGGGUGGAUGGACACUGGGAGAUGGGUGGAUGGACACUGGGAGAUGGGUGGGUGGACACUGGGAGAUGGGUGGACACUGGGAGAUGGGUGGACACUGGGAGAUGGAUGGACACUGGGAGAUGGAUGGACACUGGGAGAUGGGUGGAUGGACACUGGGAGAUGGGUGGAUGGACACUGGGAGAUGGGUGGAUGGACACUGGGAGAUGGGUGAAUACUGGGAGAAUGGGUGGACACUGGGAGUUGGGUGGACACUGGGAGAUGGGUGGACACUGGGAGAUGGGUGGACACUGGGAGAUGGGUGGAUGGACACUGGGAGAUGGGUGGAUGGACACUGGGAGAUGGGUGGAUGGACACUGGGAGAUGGGUGGAUACUGGGAGAUGGAUGGAUGGACACUGGGAGAUGGGUGGACACUGGGAGAUGAUGGAUACUGGGAGAUGGAUGGACGCUGGGAGAUGGAUGUACACUGGGAGAUGAUGGAUGGACACUGGGAGAUGAUGGAUGGACACUGGGAGAUGAUGGAUGGACACUGGGAGAUGAUGGAUGGACACUGGGAGAUGAUGGAUGGACACUGGGAGAUGGGUGGACACUGGGAGAUGAUGGAUGGACACUGGGAGAUGAUGGAUGGACACUGGGAGAUGAUGGAUGGACACUGGGAGAUGAUGGAUGGACACUGGGAGAUGGGUGGACACUGGGAGAUGGGUGGACACUGA